GCAGCUGGAAGUGUAAAUUGAAUAAAUGAAUAUAGUAAAUGGUGAUCUGCACAAGUUUUAGCUUUGCGUACAUUUAUAAUUAUUCCUCUUUUAUAGCAUUGAUUAAAUAUGCGCUUAACCUCGCUUAUCUGUGGAAAGUACAAGUUCGUAAAAGGUAUCCCUGGAAACAUUUGGAUUGGUAAACAUCGCUUCGUACCUCCUGUGACUGCUAAAGUUCGUCUUGAUAUGUGGAAAAAAUUGAUGUACGAAGAAGAAGUAAUGAUGUAUUUAAAAAAUCCUUAUGUCACUGAAGAGGAAGAGAAACUUUAUUUGGAGAAACAUCCAGAACCUAUUGAAAAGGCUUUUCCUGACAAAGUAGUGUCUUUGAAACCUCUUAAAGAAAGGACCGUUGCAUAUCAUUUAAAAAAUAAUUUAGACCAUGGUCGCAACUGGGGUAAACAUGAAUAUGAAAGUUAAAUUCUGAUACUCUACCUUGUAAAUCAAAGCAAUCGUUCUCUAAAGACUCAAGCAUUAACUGCAAAUAAGAAAAUUCAUUUAUUAGCAUAUUUAUUUUGUUUCAUUGACUAUUGUUUUCGUUAUAAUACUGAAAAGUGCUCAAUAAAUACACUAAAUCUUUAAUUAGAAUGGAUAGAAGUACUUGCAAAAUUAAAAAUUGUUAUGUUUAGAUUUUCAAUAAAAUAGAAAAAAAUGUA